AAACCCUCCAAUAAAGGCCUCUCUCUCACAAGCACGCUCCCUCUCUUCCUCGCUCUAGUCCGUCUCUGCAAGACUAGGGCUUUGUGAAGAACGAUUGUUCUGAUUGAGAUCUGCUGUAAACCAUCUUUGGCGAGGGUAACCAUGGCUCUGGUCUUGCAUGCAGGGAACAAUAACAAAAAUGCCUUCAAGGCGCUUAUUGCUGCAGAGUACAGUGGCGUCCAGGUUGAAUUGACCAAGAAUUUUGAGAUGGGUGUUUCGAACAAAUCUCCUGAGUUUCUCAAGAUGAACCCUCUUGGAAAGGUUCCUGUAUUGGAAACUCCUGAUGGUCCUGUAUUUGAGAGCAAUGCCAUUGCACGAUAUGUUACUCGUUCGAAGAGUGAUAACCCUCUGUAUGGUUCUUCCUUGAUCGAAUAUGCUCUUAUUGAGCAGUGGAUUGAUUUUGCUACAACUGAAAUUGACCCCAAUAUUGGGCGUUGGUUCUACCCACGACUGGGAUUUGUGCCAUAUCUUCCCCCGGUCGAGGAGUCUGCCAUUUCUGCUUUGAAGAGAGCACUUGGUGCUUUGAACACACAUCUUGCUUCCAACACUUACUUGGUUGGACAUUCUGUCACUCUUGCUGACAUCAUCUUGACCUGUAACUUGCAUUUGGGAUUCGUUCGUGUCAUGACUAAGAGCUUUACCUUGGAGUUUCCACAUGUUGAGCGACACUUCUGGACCAUGGUUAACCAGCCUAAUUUCCGCAAGAUUUUAGGUGAGGUAAAGCAGGUUGAAGCUGUUCCACCAGUUCAGUCAGCAAAGAAGCCUUCUCAGCCAAAAGAGCCUGCAAAGCCCAAGACCAAGAAUGAGCCCAAAAAAGAGGCAAAAGAAGAACCUGCAAAGCCCAAGGCAGAAGUUGCUGAUGAGGAGGAAGAGGCAUCAAAACCCAAAGCAAAGAAUCCCCUUGAUCUAUUGCCUCCUAGCAAGAUGAUAUUGGAUGAUUGGAAGAGGCUGUACUCAAACACCAAGACCAACUUCCGUGAGGUUGCCAUUAAAGGUUUCUGGGACAUGUAUGACCCUGAGGGAUACUCACUCUGGUUUUGUGAUUACAAGUACAAUGAUGAAAACACUGUUUCAUAUGUCACCCUAAACAAGGUUGGUGGUUUCCUCCAAAGGAUGGAUCUGGCUCGUAAAUAUGCUUUUGGAAAGAUGCUGGUUAUUGGCUCGGAGCCACCAUUCAAGGUGAAGGGUUUGUGGCUCUUCCGUGGACCAGAGAUUCCUCAGUUUGUGCUUGAGGAGUCCUAUGACAUGGAGCUAUAUGAGUGGACCAAAGUUGACAUCACAGAUGAAGCACAGAAGGAGCGUGUUAGUCAGAUGAUUGAAGAUCAAGAACCUUUUGAGGGGGAGGCCCUGUUGGAUGCAAAGUGUUUCAAGUGAUAAGACAACUGCUUCCAUUAACCCUUUUAGCUGAAAGGUUUUUGUCACCCAUUUAUAAUUUUUUGUCCUGUGUACUUCAUGCUUCUGAAAACUUUACUAUUCGUAGCUUUUGUGCUUAGAUUCUCAGGUUUCCCAUCGUGCUUUGAUGUUAGGACAUAAAUGUUUUAUGUAUUUUUGAGUGUAGUCUUUUGACGUUUUUAACAGUUUUCCAUCUGCAGAUCUUAUAUGCAUUCUUAUGGUUGAGUAG